CACGUUGUUGGUGCGAAUUGGACGCUUCUCAAGCCCGGCAAAUGUCAAACAUACAGAUAACCUAAUUUAUCGUGUAUUUUUUGGUUUUUGUUCAUUAAUAAGUAUUUUUCUUUGAAAAUGUCUGGAAUGUUAUACGGCGGCGACGAAAUCGGGGCUCUAGUCUUCGACCCUGGGCACCACUCCUUGCGCGUAGGCUACGCUCAGGAGGACACCCCUAAAGCCGAAAUCCCGGCCGUGGUUGGCGUUGCGCCCGACGACACCCCGAAAAUCGAGCCGGAAACCAAACCAGACGAAAGCAACGUGUCCUCGACAGCGCCAGCUUGGAAGUACUACAUUGACACGACCUUUUUACACACGCCGAGGCCCAGCAUGGACCUGCACAGCUACAUGAAGGACGGGAUGAUUGAAAACUGGGACUUGUUCGAGAAAAUUGUCGACUAUUCGUACGAUAAAAUUAUCCAGUCAGAAUCUCAGUACCACCCCGUCUUGUUCUCCGAGUGCCCUUGGAACCUGCGCCACAAGCGGGAGAAGCUCACCGAAAUCAUGUUCGAAAAGUACAAAGUCCCGGCGUUUUUCCUCGUGAAGAACGCGGCUUUGGCGGCGUUUGCCAACGGCCGCGCCACGGCCCUCGUCAUAGACAGCGGGGCCACGCACACUUCCGCCGUACCUGUUUUAGAUGGCUAUGUGAUCACAAACGCCGUUGUUAAAUCACCACUUGGUGGCGACUACCUCAUUUUAAAAGCGCGAGAAAUGCUAGAGCACAUGGGGAUUGACCUCACGCCGGCUGCGCUCAUAGCGAGCAAAGAAGUCGUGCGCGAUAAGGACAAACCAAAGUACAUGAAAAAGAAGCUCUCUUUCCAGCCAACCAACAGCUGGAUGGCCUACAUGAUCAAAAAAACGGUUCAGGAUUUCCAGCAGAACGUCAUUCAAGUGUCUGAGUCGCCCUUUGACGAGAGAAUUGCUGCGGGUUUUCCCACGAUUCAGCACGAGUUCCCCACAGGGUAUCGCCAGGACUUCGGUCCAGAGCGCUUUAAACUGGCUGAGGUCCUGUUCGAUCAUGCGAUGUUGGGGGCAGGGCAUAUAGCUGCAACUAGCGCCGGAAUGUGCGACGUUGACAUAAGACCGGCUCUCUACAGCUCUGUGGUUCUGACCGGUGGUAAUUCAUUAGUACAAGGAUUUAGUGAUAGGUUAAGCCGGGAUUUAUCGUCCCGGACUCCCGGUUCUUUACGGUUAAAAAUGAUAGCGGCCAAUGGCACCGUCGAGCGACGGUUUGGCUCGUGGGUCGGUGGGUCGAUCCUUGCGUCCAUUGGUACUUUCCAACAGAUGUGGAUGUCCAUGCAGGAGUAUCAAGAGGCCGGCAAGGCCCAGAUUGACAGAAAGUGUCCUUAAAAUCUAUUUUUAAGCCAAACAUUUCCAAUUUUAUCGUUUACAUACAUGUCUCAGUAUUUUUUAGACUUUUCACCAAGUAAGGAAUUUGUAAUAAAAUCCACAAAGUAACAAGUUUUUAAAAAUUAUUAUUUAAGAAAAAUAAAUAUAUUAUAUAACAAA